AGCUACUGAUCAAACUAUAAACCGCGAGUUAAUGUCGUCAGUUAAUAUCGUUAGUUGAUGUCAGAAUUUCAAUUUCAACGUUAAAUGCAACAAUCGUUUUUGAAUAUUUACUGAAUUAUCUUUUAUAUAGUAAGAUGACUUGGGAUUACGAUGCUAUCAUUGGGUUCAGCAAUGGAAUGUUGAGAGGUGUUGAACUACAAAAGAAAAAGUUUAAGUACACUAAUUUAUUGGAUGCAUCCGUAGCAUUAAGUACUCUAAGUAACUUUGAUGACAAUAAUAUCAUCACAAGUUCAAAAAGAAAAAUUUUAUUAUUCAAUUUGAAUAAUAAGAAAAUUUCAAAAACAUAUGUUAUUCAAGAAUCAGGAAAUAUUAUCGGUGUAGUUAAAAAAGACAAUAUUUUAAUUGUUGGAGUGGAAAAUGGAACAGUGGUGUUUAGACCAGUUAAAAACAUUAGAAAUGUGGUUUUAGAAAAAGUAAAUGCUGGUUCAAAUUUGACCUGUAUCAAACAAGUACUUGCAUUAUCUAAAUUUGCAACUGGAGGAAAUGAAAAUCCUUUAAAAAUAUGGGAUUUUGAAACAGGAAAGAUAGAAUUUACAGCAAAAAGCCCAAAACCAGAUAUGCUUCAACUUAAACAACCUUGUAAUGUAUCUGAUAUUGGUUUUUUUAACAACAACAAAGCAGUUGUUUGUCAUCGGCAUGGUGUGGUUGAAUUAUUUGAUCCGUUGUCCAGCCAAAGAAGACCAGUAAACAGUUCCACAGCACAAAAUACUGGUUUUGUUUGUUUAAGAACAUUACCAGAUUACAGUGAUCAUGAUGUAAUAGUUGGAUCAACCAAAGGCUCUAUAUAUCAUUAUGAUUUCCGAGGAAAAACAACGUUACCAGUAAAAACAUUCAGAGGUAGUACGGGAUCAAUAAAAUCUAUAUCCUGUAUAAACUAUUUAAGCCAAAUGCAUGUGAUGAGUAUAAGCUUGGACUGUCAUGUUAGACUGCAUAAUUUUACCACUGGUGACCUCACUUUGCAGGAUUAUAUUGUUGCCAAGCCGUUAUCGUUAAUAAUGAAGCCAGAAGAAAAUUAACAUUAAUUUGUCUGUUAUUUAUAUUUUUAUCUGGAAAUAAACAUUGUCUUUUUAUAUA